CUUAGGAGCUGACUUGACUCCUCUCCUGGGAUUCCAUUGAACCCUGGAACCCCUUCCGCGCCACCAUGCGCCCAUCACGGCUCCGCGCCGCCGCCGCCUCGCCGCCGCUCCCACGGCGCCGCCUAUGCACCGACGCUGCAGCCACCACCUCCUCCGCGGCAUCUCCCUCUCCUUCCCCGCCGCAGCAGUGCGCCGCCCAGCCCUUCUCCCCUCUAUUCGCCAGACCCCUCGCCGCCCGUGGCCCUGCCGUCGCCGAUGACCUCGCCUCCUCCCUCCGCGCGCUCCUCGCCUCCUCGCCCACCCACCCGCGCGCCUUCCCGCUCCUCCGGUCCGCCGCGCUGCAGACGCCCCUCCCACCGGACGCGCUCGUCGACGCCGUCCUCUCCGCCGCGGGCGCCGGCUCUCCGGCCGCGGCCGCGCUCCUCAGCAGCCUCCUCGCCUGGCUCUCCCGUGUCGCCCGCGACUGCUCGGCAGCCACGGCCGCGUACGCCCGCAUGGUCGCCCGGGGCGUCGUUCCGGACGCCAAGUCCCGCACCGACCUGCUCGUCGUCAUGGCGCGGGGCGCGUCGGCCGCGGACGCGCUCGCGCUGUUCGACGAGAUGCGGAGCAAGGGGUACCACGCCGACGCUAUGAUGUACGACGCCGUCAUGCGGGCCUGCGUCAGGGGAGGGAUGCACGGGGACGCCGUCAGGCUGUUCGACGAAAUGGCCAGCGCCGGGGUCAAGCCCGACGAGUGCGUGUAUUCUCUCGCAAUCGCAGCCUUGUGCAGGCUGCGCGAUGCGGACAGGGCGCUCCAGGUGCUGGGGGAGAUGAGGGAGGCAGGCAUCAGGCCAUGGGGCUACACGUACAAUUACGUGGUGGAUGCGCUCGUGAAGGCAGGGAUGACAGAUAAGGCAUACGAGCUAUGCCGACAGAUGAUAGAGCAGGGAUUGUUGUCAAGCGCAUAUGAGUUCAAUUUGGUGAUCAAAGGUCUCUUGAGAGACAAACGGUGGGAGGAUGCCACCAGCUUGCUUGAGGUUGUGGUUGAUACUGGGGUACUGGAUGUCUACACAUACAAUUGUCUAAUUCAUUGGCUCUGUCAGCAUCACAAACUCCGAGAGGCACUCAACUUAUGGGAUAAGAUGAACGAAAAAGGAGUAAAACCAUCUAUUAUGACAUACCACAGCUUGCUUCUGGGUUACUGUGAGAAGGGACGCAUGGAUGAAGCACUCACGUUAUACUCUGAGAUGCCUGGGAAAGGAUUCACACCUAAUGAAGUCACUUACGCAACUCUGAUGAAAGGUUACAUCAAGAAGAACUCUUUUGACAAGGCCUACGCCCUCCUCGAUGAAAUGCAUCAGCAUGGGGUUUCUUGCAACGACUAUAUAUAUAACAUUCUCAUAAAUGGACUUUGCAUGGUCAAUCGUGUUUCUGAAGUUGAUGAAAUGUUGAAGAGAUUUAUAAGUAAAGGUUUUGUUCCAACCGUAAUGACAUACAAUAGUAUCAUCAAUGGUUUUGUGAAAGCUGGUAUGAUGGGCUCAGCAUUCGCUAUGUAUCAGCAGAUGUGUGGCAACGGUUUAACUCCCAACAUAGUAACAUAUACCAGUUUUAUUGAUGGUUAUUGUAGGACAGACUGCUGUGAUCUGGCAGUGAAGCUGCUCAAUGACAUGAGGCGCAAAGGCAUUCGACCUGACAUUGCUGCAUACAAUGCUUUCAUAAAUGGGUUCUGCAAACAGGGGAAUAUGUCACAUGCACUCCAGUUUUUUGUUCUUCUAUUGAAAGAUGGUUUAAAACCAAAUGUUACUGUCUACACUAGUUUUAUUACAGGGUACAAGAAUUUGAAAAUGAUGGAAGAAGCUUCCAGGUUCUAUUAUAGCAUGCUCAAAGAAGGAAUUGUUGCUGACACGGCAACCUAUACAACCUUAAUUGAUGGGUUCUCAAAAGCUGGCAAUGUAGCCUUUGCUUUGGACCUGUACUCAGAGAUGUUGGCCACUGGCAAUAUUCCUGAUGAUAAAACUUUCACAGCAUUAAUACAUGGCCUUUGCCGAAGUGGAGACAUUGAUGGUGCUAAGAAGUUAUUGGACGAGACGAGAAGAUUAGAUGUAGAUCCAAAUAUUUUUACUUAUAACAUGCUGAUAAAUGCAUACAUCCGUGAUGGUAAGCUGCAAGAGGCAUUCCAAUUGCAUGAUGAAAUGCUGAACAGCGGAGUUGUGCCUGAUGAUACUACAUAUGAUAUGCUAGUUGGCUUGAAACCUGUGGAAGCAAGUCCCGCGGAUGCAGAAAAUCCUGUUUUAAAUUCUGCCAGUUAAAGUAUAGAGAACCUUAACUCGAGGCUUGAGCAGAUUGAAAUUUCCAUUGUAUGACAUUGUUGAGAUUGGAAAUUUGCACUGUAAAUAAAAUGGAGUUUUGACAAUGUCAUAUGGAAGCGAAGGUUCAGUCUUUGGUUGCAAGGUCCAACUGAUACUAUGUGUACCUUGUGGAUGUUCUGAAUUCAAACACUUAGUUGUUGGAUCUGACCUGAAUAGUCAGUGUGUGCCCUAUCAAAAUCUGUAA